CGCAACGAAACGACACCUACCACUUCCUCUAUAAAUAGUUAAAUACGACGCCUCCGUCAGGGGUACUAUCGUCCCGCUCAUAAACAUAGAGAAAAUGGACAACGGCGCGUCGUCUCCGGUUCCCAGAAUAGGUGUGGUGGUGUUUCUUCUCAGAGGGAAAACUGUGCUUCUAGGACGACGUCGUUCCUCCAUCGGCGACUCCACUUUUGCUCUCCCCGGUGGCCACCUCGAGUUUGGUGAGGGUUUUGAGGAGUGUGCGGCGAGAGAAUUGAAGGAAGAGACGGGUCUGGACCUCGACAAGAUCGAAUUUGUGACCGUGACGAACAACUUGUUCUUGGACGAACCCAAACCGGCGCAUUAUGUGACGAUCUUUAUGCGAGCGGUUCUGAAAGAUCCCGAUCAAGUUCCCCAAACUGUUGAGCCGGACAAGUGUGACGGUUGGGGUUGGUACGAGUGGGACGACCUCCCCAAACCACUGUUUUGGCCUUUGGAGAAGAUGGUGCAGAGUGGGUUUAGUCCUUUUCCAAUUCCGGAUUCCAAUUCAGGGCAGUAAAGAACUAUAAUGCUGUGUUUGAUUUGAUGAAGGUCGUAGAAGUUUGUAGCAUUUGAAAUGCUUCUAAGUUGUAAGGGUUCUGUUUCAAUGUGAUUGCAGAUUUUGUGGACUUGUGCCUUCUUUUUUAUGUUACUGAUUCUGCUUCUGAGUUUGUGUUUUUCAUA